AGUGCCGCCACCAUGGUGCGCAUGAAUGUCCUGGCAGUUGCUCUCAAAAGCAUCAACAAUGCAGAAAAACGAGGAAAACGCCAGGUUCUCAUUAGGCCGUGCUCUAAAGUAAUUGUCAGGUUCUUAACUGUGAUGAUGAAGCACGGUUACAUUGGUGAAUUUGAGAUCAUCGAUGAUCACAGAGCAGGAAAAAUUGUUGUGAACCUCACAGGCAGAUUAAACAAGUGUGGUGUUAUCAGCCCCAGAUUUGAUGUUCAAUUGAAAGAUCUGGAAAAGUGGCAGAAUAAUCUGCUACCAUCCCAUCAGUUUGGGUUCAUUGUGAUUACAACCUCAGCUGGCAUCAUGGACCAUGAGGAAGCAAGAUGA